AAGGGCACAUCCCUCGAGCUGCCGCCCAGCGCGCAGGCAGAGCCCAGCGGAGCGAGCGGGCGAGCGUGGAGCCAGUGCGCAGCCGAGCUCUCGGACCAGGAAGCCACCGGGGCACCGGGCAGUGGCCGGGCGGGGCAGCUCGAUCCCGGGGGCGGAGCGGCGGAGCGGGGCUGUGGGCGCCGAGCGGGCGGCGGUGUCCGGAGGACUUCCCGGCGAGCGCACGGAGCUGUAGGGUCGCAGGUGGCAGAGCGCUCGGCCAGCUGGCCCCGGGCACCAGAAUCCGGUGCUGCCGAGCCGGGAAGGGCGCAGCGCCCACCGCAGCCUACAGCUUUCCCGGGACGUCUGGGCGCCCAUGACGGCGACAGCGACAGUGCUCAAGGAGGGCGUGCUGGAGAAGCGCAGCGGUGGGCUGCUGCAGCUGUGGAAGCGGAAACGCUGUGUGCUCACCGACCGCGGGCUGCAGCUCUUCGAGGCCAAAGGCACGGGCGGCCGGCCCAAGGAGCUCAGCUUCGCCCGCAUCAAGGCCGUGGAAUGCGUGGAGAGCACCGGGCGCCACAUCUAUUUCACGCUGGUGACCGAGGGUGGUGGCGAGAUCGACUUCCGCUGCCCCCUCGAGGAUCCUGGCUGGAACGCCCAGAUCACCCUGGGCCUGGUCAAGUUCAAGAACCAGCAGGCAAUCCAGACAGUGCGGGCCAGGCAGAGCCUAGGCGCCGGGACCCUCGUGUCCUAAACCGCACAGUUUACCAUCUUACCUUCGUGCUCCGCACCCUCCCCACCACGUGGUGUGAAGAGGUCAAGUCAGCUUUCCGGCCCCUUUUGGCUCCUGGGAGGGUCACUGCGCUCCCAUAUGUCGAGGCGGAAGCUGUGGUCACGUGGAGGAGGCGGUGGAGCUGAAGGAAUGGAUGGGGCCCUGGGGAGGAGGGCAGAAGGCCACGUGGGGCUGAGGAUGAAGAUUCAGCCCCUGGACACUCUCAGAGUCUCAGGACAUUCCCAGCUCAGGGCUUUGCCGCCACAGCCUGGCAUAUAGAUCGCGAUGGAGAGCUGGCAUCUGAGCACCCUCCCCCAGUGGCCCCAUCAGCUGACUGCAGACUGUUAGUCCCCAGCUUGGUGCCAUGCCCGGAAGAGGACAUUUCCCCGUGAGGUACCACACCAGUGCCUCAGGACUCAGGAGGCCAGCCUGGUACUCAGGGGAGGAGCCAGCCUGGCAUCACUUCUGGACUCACCUUGGUGGGGGAGCUGAUGGGCCCUGAGGCCCAUACUUGGGGGUCUCCUGCUGCUUAGGUCCUUCUGGGACCCCCACCCAUCCAGGCCUUCUCUUUGCACACUUCUUCCCCCACCUGCUGCCCAUCUUCCCCUCCCCCCCACUGUGGUGCUAGGCCUGGAAGUGGUGGGGGUGGGGUGGGGGUUUGGCCAUUACCAUUUCAUGCCUAUCCCAAAAUGAAGAUGCCCUUCAAAGGGCAAUGACCACACUG